ACAGUAGAAAAUAAUAUCAUAAUGCAAGCUAAUAUUGAUAAUUCAAAUGAAUACAUUAACUGGAUUGAAGAAGCAAUUUCUACAGGGAAUAUUAAAUGUUAUGAUUAUGGACGCUUUCGUAAUAUUAAAGAAAUUAGUAUCGGAAGUCUCGGGAAGGUCUAUUGUGCGAAUUGGAAUAAUUUUAAGGAUCACAUGGCAUUAAAAUCGUUUUAUAAUCUUAAUAAAAUCACCGCCAAAGAAAUUGUUCAUGAGAUACAACUACAGCGUGGAUUAGAUUUUCAUAAUAAUAUUGUUCGCUUUUGUGGAAUUACAGCAGAAAACAAUACGAAAAAUUAUUCGUUAGUGAUGGAAUAUGCCGAUAGUGGUACCCUUAGAAAUUAUUUGAAGGAAAAUUUUGAAACUCUCACUUGGGAUGACAAAUUUAAUCUAGCAUUUCAAUUAACUCACGUCGUGUUAUGUUUACAUGACGAAGGGGUCGUGCACCGUAAUUUGCAUUCUAAUAAUGUAUUAAUUCAUAAAAAUACCAUCAAAUUGGCCAAUCUUGGUUUAUCCAAAAGAAUUGAAGAAGCGUCCGAUCCUCAAUCUAGAUCAGUUGGAAUGAUUCCUUAUGCUGACCCAAAAAGUUUUGCACAAGUAGAUAGUCAAUCACAAAUGUAUUCAUUAAAUGAAAAAAGUGAUGUUUACAGUAUUGGUAUAUUAUUGUGGGAAAUAUCAAGCGGUCAUCCUCCUUUUCCUGACGAACCACAUGAUAUUGGCCUGAUUAUGGAUAUUUUGGAUGGUUAUAGGGAAGUACCAGUUCCCAAUACACCUAAAGAAUAUGUAAAAAUUUAUACUGAAUGUUGGAAUAGUGAGCCGGAUGAUCGUCCAACUAUCAGCGAAGUGUUCGAUAAAUUGAAAGCAGCAAAAGAAAAAUUUAUAAAUGAAACUAAUUAUAGUAUGAUUGUUGAUAAAAUGGUUAUUCUUUUUGAUAAGAUAGAAGAAAAAAAAGAAAAUGAAAAA